AUGGGCUCAAUUCGUCGUUCAAAAACCAAGCGAAUGACUCGCGGCCUCGAUCAAAUCCAUGCAGACCUCCGCAGUUCCAAGCGGCUCGCGCAGCUGAGGGCGCUUGUCCCAGAUGAAGACAAACCUGGUCUCGGUCAAUUUCACUGUGUUGAAUGCGCAAAGUAUUUCGAGAGCGAGUGGAACAUGACCCAACACACACGAGGCAAGAACCACAAACGAAGAGUGCGUAUGCUGCUUGAAGAGCCCUAUUCCCAAAAGGAAGCAGAUGCUGCAGCUGGGUUGGGAACCUCUUCGUUUUAUGAGGCGCUCGAGGCAAGGAAGGAGGCAGAGAGAAUUGCCAAAGAGUCCGUAAAGCCUAUGGAGGAUGUCGAAUAA